AUGUCACCCUCUGGAAAGCGUAACGCGGUGACUGCCUUCGACGGUACUACCGACAGUGCUACUCCUCCGAAAAAGAGACAGAGAAGCCGGAGGAGCCUGAAACGCCAGCAAGAGAAUGCCUCAGCGCUUGGCCAAGAUGACCCAUCUCCUGCCCUUGAAAAGACCGAGGCGCCAGAGCAGCAGGAAACGACACCAAAGAAAACUGCGAGUGCCAUAAGCCGGGAGGAGAACGAGAAAGCGCUGUCACAGAAGCCACAACAAAAUCGUGCUGCAAAGCAACAAGCCAGGCAAGAGCGACGGAAGAAAAACAAAGCGAUUCCGAUAGAGAAGACAGAGCGGUCCCCACCUCCCGAACGUCAGGAGAUACCCCCAGCGGAAACCAGCAAGGAGAAUGAUUCGCAGAAGAACUCGGAUACAACGCUCCAAGCAGCCAGACGAAGACCUUCACAGUCAUUGACUCCGCAGGAAAGAGAUUUGGAAUUGUCCAAGAGGCUCAAGGAACGUGAUGAGUUGCUCAAGCAGAAACGGACCGAGGCUGCCUCGAAUAAAAUGGCAGAAGCACCCCACCGAGUGCCCGGGAAACAUGUGGGAGAGACAAAACGGCCGUCACCCAAAGGAGUCAGAGACAAAAAGAAGAAACUUACGGCAGUGGUGAAAUCACGACGGGAAAGGCCACGAAAGGCAGAGGUCAACGAGAAAGGAUGGUCAGUUGCCGCUACCGGCAGCGGCAUAUUCAUCGACCAAGAUCCUCUUCUGACGGAUGACGACCAGCACCUGAUCCUGCCGACACACUCGGAGAUUCAAGUCUAUUCUACCAAGACGUCCCUUCGUGUCCGCAGUCUGCGACUUGAUCCGAAUUCGACUAUCACGAGUUGCGCUCUUUCAACACUCGACGGGGAUAGAUUGUACGUGUCCGGUACGAACGGACUGAUCUCUCUUUGGGAUUGGACUAGUGGCACAAGAAUAGCGGAGUUCAACAACGGCAAGAGUGUGCGUCAGAUAUUGCCCUUGCAGUCUGAGGAGGCAAAUGAAGCAGUCCUACUCCUCCAAGAUGAUGGCCUAGGGACGCGGAACCUCGUCAUCUAUCUGGCUGAUAUAUCACGAGGAACGUUUUCCGAAAAGCAGACGGUGCUUCGCGGAUCCGCCUUGUCACCUUGCGUGAGAUCUUAUGGUCACGGACGUGUCCUUGUGGCAUGUGUCGCCGACAGACUCCUAUUUGGCCAGUCACAAAAUACGGAGGAACGACAGUUGGAGUUCUCUUACACAUGGCGAGAACUCACUACUCCGGCACACAUCAAGAGUUUCGACGCGCAGCUCAAUUCGGGCGAGUCCAAGACCUCACGAAAAGUGCCCUACCUUGAUGUGGCUGUUGGUCUGAACGAUGGUGUCAUCAUGCACUACGAAGACAUUCUCUUCAAGCUCAUCGGAAUGGAGAAAAAGAACAAGACCAGUGCCGGAGACAUCACUGCGCGCAGGCUUCAUUGGCACAGGACAGCCGUCAACACCGUGAAAUGUUCUCGGGACGGAAAUUACAUCAUCUCUGGGGGCAAUGAGACUGUCCUCGUCAUUUGGCAGCUAGAUUCGAACCAGAGACAGUACCUACCGCAUCUGUCUACGGCGAUUCUGAACCUCACUGUCUCCGCUGUUGGUUCGGCGUACGCUCUCCGCCUGGCUGACAACUCGGUGAUGAUCCUCUCAACAGCGGACCUCCUACCUUCUACGAAUGUCACAGGCCUUGCACUGGGCCGGCCUUCUCAAACCUCCUCCGUACUACUCCUCCAUCCCCGUGCACCGAGUCGUCUCCUCGCGGCCGUCUCGUGUGAUUCCUUCCGCAGCAAACCUUCUACCUUUCUCCAAAUCUACGACCUCGAUUCCUCUCUGCAACUGACCAGGCAAGCCCUGACACGAAACAUGGUCACCGCCUCGAAUGUGGCGCCAUCUGGUCAACCCGUAAGGGAACCGAGCGUUACGUAUAUGGAUCUCAGCCAUGAUGGGAAAUGGCUUGCCACGAUUGACCAGUGGACGCCUCAUGAACAAGAUCUUGAGGCCAUGUAUGUCAGCUCUGACGACAAGACACUCCGUGGUAGAGCGACAGAGACGAAUCUGCGCCUCUGGCUAUGGAACGAAUCCUCCGACAAUUUCGAACAAGUUACCCGAAUUGACGAGCCUCACAAGCCGGGACCAAACGCCGUGCUCGGUUUGCAUUUUAACCCUGUGAGGCUUGAACUCGCGACGAUUGGAGCAGAUGGGACCGUCCGUAUCUGGACCGCGAAAGCACGUCAUAGAGACGGCGUAUCCGUGCGCAACAACGCGAAUGACCAGCUAUACACGUGGAUAAGUUCACGAGUCAUCCAUUGCAAUGACGACGCCUUAUCCCGAGGUGAGACGGCAACGUCCGCAGCACUCGCUUACGCCGAAGACGGCUCUGCCAUAGCUGCUUCCUGGUCAUUUCCUAUGCCGGGCGCUCACUCCGGUACAAAAUCCUCGACGCAUACACGCUUUGUCCACCUGAUCGACCCCUCCUCCGGGAGCAUCGCCUUCUCUGCUCCGUCCCUCCUGUCGCCUGGGUACGCGAAACUCUUCUUCAGUGGUCGCUAUCUCCUCGCUUUGUCAUCGAAAUUUAGGAUCUUCGACACCAUAAGGUGCGAGGAAGUUCCUUCCCCACUCAAGCUUGGAGAAGCGUACAUACCACCAAAGAGCAACGCACCGAUGUUUCUGACGCGAAACAAAUACGAUGGAACCGUUGCAGUUGGGGUUGGGAAGAGCGAGUACCCUCGAGGAUGUACGGUUUCGGUCUUGGAAUUCAGCGACGCGACUAACGUUGGAGUGGCUGCCGACGCAGGUGCAGGAGUAGGAGUAGGAGUGAGCGUGAAAGUCGUGUAUGAAGGGCAAUUCAUCGGGGUAUUGAAAGGGUUACUCGCCUUGACCAGCGGAGCAGGGUUCUUGAUGAUCGAUGAACGCAAUCAGACAAGGGUAUUGAGACAGACCGGCACCGCGAAGGGAGCAUUGACCGUUACACGAAAUGUCAGUGGAAGAUGGGCCGCCGAGACCGAGGAGGUCACAAGGAGCUUCGACUCGAUCUUUGGUCGCCGACCUGCUUCAACUCCGCAGGGGGAGAACACAGCUGCGGUUGACAGAGCACCCACUACGAGGGGUCUCCUGGCGGCACCGGGAGAGACGACGGCGGAGCAGAUGCAGAUGCAGGUGCGGCCGCAGACUGAGAUGGUAGAAGGAGGGUUGGAUGCCGUCCUGCGAUUCCCUUCGUCAGCCAUGGCGCCCAGUCCGGCAGAGCUAUUCCAGCGUGUCGUCAGUGUCAUGGCACGGGGUUGA